CCUGACGCGAUGGCACCGCUUCGUCCGGCUGCUGCACCGGCCGCAGGACCCCGCCGCGCUCGGAGCUUUCCGCGCUGCCUUCGGGCUGCUGAUGGCCCUGGACGUGCCGCAGGAGCGGGGCCUGGGCCACCUGGACCAGCGCUACCUGGACGGGCUGGAGGUGUGCCGCUUCCCUCUGCUGCCCUUCCUGGCGCCGCUGCCCCUGGACUGGAUGUACCUGCUCUACACCAUCAUGUUCCUGGGAGCGCUGGGCAUCAUGCUGGGGUGCUGCUACCGGCUGAGCUGCGUGGCCUUCCUGUGCCCCUACUGGUACCUGCUGCUGCUGGACAAAACCUCCUGGAACAACCACUCCUACCUCUACGGGCUGCUGGGCUUCCAGCUGGCACUGCUGGGCGCUGACCGCUACGGGUCUGUGGACGGGCUCUUCCGGCCCCAGAAGCGCAACGCCCACGUGCCACUGUGGAACUACACCCUGCUGCGUGCCCAGGUGUUCAUCGUGUACUUCAUCGCGGGGCUGAAGAAGCUGGACGCCGACUGGGUCGGGGGCUUCUCCAUGGGGACCCUCGCCCGGCACUGGCUCUUUGCACCGUUCAGGCUGGUGCUGUCGGAGGAGCUGACCAGCCGGCUGGUGGUGCAUGGCGGGGGGCUGGUGCUCGACCUCUCCGCCGGCUUUCUGCUCUUCUUCGACGCCACGCGGCCCCUCGCCCUCGUCUUCGUCACCUACUUCCACUGCAUGAACUCCCAGCUCUUCAGCAUCGGCAUGUUCUCCUACACCAUGCUGGCCACCAAUGGGCUCUUCUGCCGGCCUGAGUGGCCACGGGAGCUCCUGGCCCACUGCCCCCCCUGGCUGCAGGGCUGGCUCCCCAGCACAAAGCCCCCCCAGCCCAGCCCCGACUGCCAUUACGGGGGCCGGAGGGCCCGGGGGGGCCUUCGGCCUCGCCAGCACUUGGCUGCAGCCUUCACCAUCCUCUACGUGCUGGAGCAGCUCUUCCUGCCCUACUCCCACUUCAUCACCCAGGGCUACAACAACUGGACCAACGGGCUCUACGGCUACUCCUGGGACAUGAUGGUCCACUCCCGCUUCCACCAGCAUGUCAAGAUCACUUACAGGGACGGGCUCACCGGGGAGGUGGGCUACCUGAAACCAGGGGCGUUCACGCAGAGCCGCCGCUGGCGGGACCAUGCCGACAUGCUGAAGCAGUACUCGGCCUGCCUGAGCCGGCUGCUGCCGCGCUACAACGUCAGCCAGCCCCAGAUCUACUUUGACGUCUGGGUGUCCAUCAAUGAGCGCUUCCAGCAGAGACUUGUGGACCCCCGCGUGGACCUGGUCCGUGCCCCGUGGUCCCCGUGGACCCCCACGCCGUGGCUGCUCCCACUGCUCGUGGAUCUGUCGCCGUGGCGCCAGCGGCUGCAGGAGCUGGAGGCGCAGCUGGACGGACACAUGGACACCGUGUUCAUCGCAGACUUCCCUGGCCUGCACCUGGAGAACUUUGUGAGCGAGGACCUGGGCAACACGAGCCUGCGGGUGCUGCGAGGGCAGGUGCUGGUGGAGCUGGUGGAGCAGCAGCAGAACCGCUCCCUGCAGGAGGGCGACGGGAUGCAGCUGCCGGCGGGGCAGUACCACAAGGUGCACACGGUGUCCCCUGAGCCCUCGUGCUACAUGUACCUGUACGUGAACACCACGGCGCUGGAGCUGGAGCGGAACCUGACACGGCUGCAGGAGCUGCGGGAGCGCGUGCGCAAUGGCACCGAACAGUCCCCACUGCCCCCCGAGCUACGUCCCCUCCUUGGGGAGCCCCUGCCCGCGGGGACCCCGCUAGACCCACUGGUGUCGCUGUUCCUGCGGCGGGAGCAGCGCCAGCAGCGCCGUGAGCGCGAGUCCAGCCUAGCCCAGCGCCUGCGGCGCUUCCUCCGCAGGAAGUUCUUCCUCUUCCGCCGCAGUACCCUAAUGACGCUGAUCGCGCUGCGGAACCUGGCGCUGGGCCGCCCAGCCCCGGAGCGCCUGGCACAGGAGGUGGCCUUCGCCAGCUGGCGCGGGGAGGAGGAGGAGGCUCGGCCCGAGACCAACGGGGGGGCCCAGAGGGACCCCGAGCUCUGAACACCCCAAAUAAAUGGAAUUUUUUCAUUUUUGGAUUCAGUGGAUCAAAACAUUCGGACGAAACCUCCCGAAAAUAGUAAAACCAAGAGAAAAAAAAAAAAAAUUCUCAAGGGCAGGAGAAAGCCCCCCCUGCCCCCCCCCAAGGCACUCUGGGGGCCGGAGCCUGGGCGGGCAGUAAACAAGCCGGCUUCUCUGUACCACACCGGCCACCAGCGCCACGCCCGGGCACCCCCGGCGCUCCAACAAACCCAAUCCCCCCCCCGUUUCACCCCAGACUGCUGGGGGGCGGGGGGAGGGCGGGGGGAGGGGAAGGGGGGGCUUUCAGGGAUCAGGAGCUGCCGGCUGAGUGCGGGGACUUCUCUGUACUCACGCCCCCGCCUCGGCGCACAAUAAAUACACUAAACCUUCAAGUAUCAAGCGCCAAAUGCCCCCCCUUUCCCCCCAAAAUCUGGACAAAGUUGGGGGGAUGGAGGGGUUGUGCAGUUGGGGAGUUGCUUCAGCUUUUGGAUUAAAACCCCAAAAAAAAAAAAAAAAAAAAAAAAAAAAAAAAAAAAAAAAAAAGUAAAA